UCGCUGUUCCCUCUGCAACCCUUUGACUUCAAUGCAGAAAUCGGAAAUGGAACUACAGCCAUUGCCACAGCCGGACGACGAAUCGCUUAUAGCGGACAAGCUAACCACUUGGUCACAGUCAUUGUCAAGGUCGAAGGGUCCAUCUCUACCUUCGUGGUGCUGGUGUUCAAUGUUGGCUUUGUCCUCUGGGCGGUCACGAAUCAUGGACUGAAGGGUGAUCAAGCCGUCCUCUUCACUGGGAACUGCGAGAAAUCAAAACAGAUCAGCACGGCGUUUCACUUGGUGAUUAAUAUUCUAGGAACUGUUCUGUUAGGUGCGAGUAACUACGGCAUGCAAUGUCUCUGUGCUCCAACCAGGGGGGAUAUUGAUCGUGCCCACUCUAGAGGGAAGUGGCUGGAUAUUGGCGUGCAAAGCACACGGAAUCUCAGCCACAUUCCCCGUAUAAAGCUCUUUCUUUGGAUCUCUCUGGCUUUUUCAUCGCUCCCUUUGCAUCUCAUGUAUAACUCUACCAUAUUCCAGACCCUGUCAGUCUAUAAGUACCAAGUGCUUGUAGGAAACAAGCCCUUUUCUAGUUUCAAUGUAAACAAUGUGAAACUCCCUGGUCAAAACUCGCCUGAUACGACCUUUUCAAGACUGCUGGAGAAGGACAUGAACGGGACGCUCGAGUACUUCACCAAUAGCGAGUGUAUCUCCAAAUACGCAAAUGGGUUUCAGACAAAUUACGCCAACUUGCUCCUUGUUACGGAUGAUUAUAAUUCAACUAUCCAAGACUUCGCCAACUUCACGGACCAUGGACCACCUGAAACUGACCCCUACCGCUGGAUAUGCGCUGGAUUAGGCUCCGCUUUCUCGCACCGAGACUGCCCAAGCCUUGUACCGGAGCUACUCGCAGACCCAGACAACUGGGCGGUACCGGCAACGCUUUCAGACUUUGUGAGUACGAACUUUUCACUCCACUCGACAGAUCUCAAAGUCAAUUAUUGCCUGAGCGAAAGCGUCCCGGAAAGAUGUACCGUAGAGUACAGCCUUCCGUUGAUUAUCGUGGUGAUUAUUUCGAACAUCAUCAAAAUUGUCAUCCUAUGUUGGAUUACCCUCACCAUGGCCGAGACUCCCAUUUUGACCACAGGGGAUGCCAUUUCCUCCUUCGUCGAGAUACCCGAUGAUACCACAAGGGGACAAUGUCUACUCUCGCGUGACGUGGUAAUCAAGCCGGUCAAUAAGAGCCUGAGAUUUGAUGCAAAACCAAGACGAUGGGGAUCGCCCGUGUCUGGUCGCCGAUGGACGAUUUGUCUCUUAUCAUAUUCUAUUGCCAUCCUUGUCUGCGUUUUCUUCCUCAUCAUAGGGGUGGCCGGAAGUAGCGGGAUUUGGGCCGCUGGUCUCGGAGAGCCGAACAUCUCGAACUUGAUAAUCGGCUUGCCUUCCUCCCUGGUAGCAAACACCAUCAUAGCCAAUGCCCCCCAGGUCGUGUUCUCGAUAUUGUACUUUUCAUCCAAUGGUAUCUACACCAUCAUGGCGCUCGCCAAUGAAUGGAGCUACCACGCCCUCAAACGGAAGGGUCUUCGGGUUUCCACGCUUCCCCGGGGCUCUCAGCGAAGUACAUACUUCCUGUCCCUUCCUUACCGAUACUCACUUCCCCUCCUGACCAUUUCGGGCAUCUUGCACUGGCUCAUAUCCCAGAGUCUCUAUCUGGUGAGCAUUAAGUCGUAUGGGAUUGGGCUGACUCGGGAGCCUGCGGAAGAUACCACCACGUGUGGGUAUUCGCCGGCUGUGAUUCUGAGUACGCUUUCUGUCGGGGUCGCCAUGCUGGUUUGUCUUGUCUUGAUAUCAUUUAAACGGUUAAAGUCCGGUAUGCCAGUGGCGGGGAGUUGUAGUUUGGCUAUUGCUGCUGCUUGUCAUCCUUCCUUCUCGGGUGGGGAUGCGAUGGAGGAGAUAGGUGGAAUUGAUGGUACACUUCCGUUGAAAUGGGGGGUUGAAAUGCCUGAACGUGAUGGGAUAGGGCAUUGUGCACUCUCCAGUGGGCAAGUGGAGUUUCCGCUGGAUGGAAGCGUGUAUGAGUGA